CAUGCGUGACCGUGGCAUGUUUAUAUUUUUGCUGCAGAGAUUUGGAAUUAAAUAUGGAAUUGUGCUUAUUUAGAUCAAACUAGGAUUUGGAGCUUCGGGCACAAUCAAAUCGGACAGUUGCGAGAUCAUUUUGGAUAUAUAUUAGUGUACAUUGGCCGACGGGAAAAACGGUAAAACACUUUUACAUAAAUCCUUUGAACUGAUUCUCUACAUUCAAACGCCAUUCCUAACUAUUUAGUAGGCUAACCACAUUUACUUACUUACUAAAGAUCAGUUACGGAAAAAAUCACAGUGGCCAGUGGAAUAGACUAUUAUAUAGCUAUUUUGAUCAUUUUCGCUGAUUAAAACAAUACCCGAGGUCACAUCGGCCUGAGUAGCUCAAUGCGUUGCUGAAAUGGAAUGGAACGGUGUAAGCCCAGUACUGCCCUCUUUCAAUUGAAUUUAGAUAAAUCUAGAUAAAUGCUGGAAAGAUGGCAUGUAGUAACAAUGACCAUGAAUAUUCUGACUCGAGCGCUGGUGAAGAUGAAACCCAAAGCCAGAUCCCAAGUGCACAACGUACAUGGGAUAAACUUUUUGAAACGUUGCAGGAACUGCCGAAAGAUGUGUAUAUUGAAAGACUGUUGUCGUUGUGUGAGCACAGUAAUCUAUCUAUAGAUGGUUUCAGGGAUUAUCUACUCAUCAGAGCACGAAUGGAACGCUCUGAAACACCUAAAUUCAAGCUGAUAGCAAGGAAAGGUGGACGGAGUGAAGAUCGCAAAAGCAAACUUGCAAGUGAUUGCUACGCACUUUAUCAAUUCACAGAAGGCAAUAGUGUUGCAGACCUCAUGUCAAUAUUUACGAAAACUCCAAUAGUUGACAAUGAACAUACGUCACGCUUCGCUAGAUCAUUUAUUUCAAAUGAUGAUGUUUGCGACCCUGAUUCAAUCAAUCAACAUAGUCAACCGACUACGUCAACCCACUUCUCAAUGAUGGAGACCAUGAUGUCUUAUAUAUUUACAAUUAAAGGAACAUGCGCUGAAAUAUCCCAAACCCUCGAGCUACAAAAUGCUGAAAUUAAAGACCUACAAAAACAAAUUAAGCAAUACAAACAAAGUGAACAAACAAUCAGAGACUGUGAGGCAAAAGCCAAAAAUGAGCUAAAACAUGUUAAAUUACUGUUAAAAGAAAGAGAACACGAAGUCUCUGAAUUUAAAUCCAAAAUGCAAAGUUAUGAAAAUGAUGUUAAACAACGACUAAAUGCUCUUGAAGGAAAAGUCGGAACUGUCCACAAGAAUGUUAAUGAACUUAAGGAUACUUAUUCUCGUAAACGGUUUGUAUCAGCUGCUAACCAACAUGAAACAAUGGACGCUACUGAUCCCACGAGUCCAGUACCUGACAUAUGCACUUCCCCAAGUGACCAUAACAGUAUGUCGUCAUCUCCUCAGCAAAAAACGACUAACAGCUCUGCCAAGCAGUCACCGGUCAAUGCAGAUACGACUAAGGAAAGAGGUGACAAUAUGGCCAAACCUGACUCGUCUAACCGUGUAAGGACAACACCUACUACAAGUGAAGGUAAACGGAUACCCUCCUCACCCUGUGAACAUUCCUUUUGCCUAGCAGCCACAACUAAGGUGAAUACUAUUCCUGUUGUAACUUCAUACAGGCAAGAAUUUAAUAACGCAGCUGUUACUAAUAACGAUGACGAAGAUGAAGACGACAUUGGAUUCUCGGGAUAUCAACGCCCACGUAACAGACGGCAAAAUAUAAAGCGCUUAUUCGUAUCGCGUCUUCGAUCCAAAUUGCCAUUUGGUGAUCUUAGUAAGAAAAUUCAAUCUUUCGCCCUUAGCAAGGGUGUGACAAUUACAUUCGUCCGUCUCCUUAAAACGUAUACUUCAAACUUUGGCCUUACUCAUUCAUAUUCAUUACGGAUCAAUGUACUUGCACAGCAUAGCCAUUCUGUAUUAGAUGACCAACAUUUUUGGCCAGAUGGUGUACUUUGUAAAGAAUGGAUUCCAAACUAUAAGAGCAAUACUGAACAAGAUAAUUCAUGGGAAUAAAUCUUACAUUUAUAUCUUUAAUAAUGACAAUUAGACUUCUAUCAUGGAACGUACAAGGGGUUAUGUAUAGCACCCCAUACUUGUGUAAUAUACUACAGCAAACUGAUAUAUGCGUCAUCCAGGAGCACUGGUUGUACCCAAGUAAUGUGAAUUACUUAAAUACAAUUGACUCAGAUUUUAAAAGCGUCGCUGCUUGUGAUAAAACCCUAUCAAUUGAUAUAGUAAAUAAACGGCGUGGUUGUGGGGGAGUAGCUAUACUUUAUAGAAAAAACAUUAAAUAUGUGUGUGAUCUAGAAAUAUCGAGUGAUAGAAUUUGUGGUAUCCAGAUUACCUUAUCAAAAGAACCACUUUUUAUAAUUGGUGUGUAUCUUCCCUCUACUAAUAAAUCAACAUAUGAGUAUAAGGAAUACAUAAGCGAUCUGAAAGAUGUAUGUGAUAGAUAUAAUAGUAUAGGAACUGUUAUUCUUGCUGGGGAUUUUAACGGUCAUCUUUCAGCCACAAAGUG